AUGCGUGGGGUACCGGUGAUGAUACAAGGAGCGACUAGGCACAAUGACGCACCCUAUAGCACGGUGCUCGUCACAUAUUUCCCGCUCUCGUCGUGCGCUCCCUCCGCAGAGGCAACGACGAAACUCCUCCAACUCUUUGCCUCCCGAUCGGGAUCGCUGACAACACCCCUGCUUCGGCGGGAUGCUGACGGCGAAUACGGCGGACCAAUACUUCUCGGACGGCAGACUUCUUGCUCGCCCCGCAAUCUUUACAUCUGGGAUUCAAACCGGUCGGGCCGUCAUUCCGCGACGGGCCCGCCAGCGCUUAGCAAGCGGUCCAACGCAUUGUUGCGGACCAGGCGUCACUCGACACCUAUAAACUAUGCCACCGUGACAUCACAGUCAACAAUGGGGCUCUCCUCUUUCCAGCGCGUGCCACUCGAAGUCGUUGAACGCAUUGCGAACUAUACCAUCGAUUCCGUCCCUCACGUCCGCUUCAGCUCGCUGCUGGCGCUCAUCAAAGCCAGCCGCGUCUGUCAUGCCGCCGGCACGCGCACUCUGUACCGUGCCAUCUACAUUGGGGCUUAUACCCCCGCCCCAAUCCUCGAAACACUCGCAGCCAACGUUGACUAUGCCAGACGAGUGCGCUCAGUUUGGUUCUUCGCGCCGCAGCGCGAUGUCGUUCCCGGGCACGGCGACGAUUUCGAAAAACGUCUUCUCGAGGCCUUUGCGAAGCUCACCCUCGUCCGCACGCUCCACGUGGCACACGGCUGCGAUGACCUGCUUCUUGGACUCGCCACCAUACGGUUCCCCCUCCUCCGCGCUGUUCAUCUCGACAAGUUCGGUCCCCGCGCGGCCGCAUUCAUAGCUCUUCACACGCAACUCGAGACGUUAGAUGCGGAUUACACGCCGCGACACCCCCAGGAUCUUCCUCUCCCCUUCCUUGCCAAUCUUAGCGUCUUCCGCGGGGCGUGUUCGCUCGCGGCCCGCAUUUGUCAACCCACGCAGCCGCUGACGCGUCUUCGACUCACCGAAGAGGAUGACAGGCAUGGCGCCUCUCGCGUAUUCGCCUCGUUCGACGCUGUGUCCACCCUCCGGGCUGUCGAAAUCGACUGGUUUUCAUGGCACCAUGGCCUGAUGGAUGCGCUUUCACCACCAGAUGACGGAGGGUCUUUUAAAAAAACGUGUUCCUACUACCACCGCCAUCAUUUUUAA